AAAAAAACCGCCACCCCGUAUGGAUCAUACGUUACGUCGUUACGUCGCCACGCAUUGGUAAACUACCCUUAAUAAAGGUCAAUGACAUAAGGCGUAAUUUUGACAGAUGUCAAAUAGAUUGGUUAUUUUUUUCACGCCAACAGCGAUGAGUUUUGUGCUAAUUGUUUACAACCACCGAAUUAAUUCAAAAAAUUAAACAAUGAGCAAGGAAAGAUUAGAUUUCAUCGAUUGCACCAGGAAAACGAGCUCACACUAAUUCACACGUUGUUGUUUAUCUAAUCUGUGUAGGAUGAAGUUAUAAAUUUACAGAUUUGCUCGCGUCCGCGUUUCCAAAAUGUCAGGAGGCGGAAAUAAGAAAAAACCCACCAAGACCCAAGGUUGGGAAGAGGCAGGGUCUGAGUUUUAUCAAGAAAGUUACCCCACUGAUGCUGAAUUGGACGCCUUGCAAAGAGACCCAAAUCCUAAACAUUUGGCCACGUUGCUGCCAAGCAAGCAAACAAGGGCAGCUGCGACAAUUAGGAUUCGUACAAAUGAUAACAGGACAAUUAGAAGACAAACAGCUUCGCGUUCGCGAAGAGACUCAACUGUGCAUAGGAGGGCGUCAACUGCAGGAGAUGUGCAAGUGGCUAUGCUUCCAGAUUUAUCGGAAAACUUGUCUAAUGAACAAACCACAUGGGAAGAGAUUAUGCAGAUCAAGGGAAUGCCGGUACCCAUGUCGCAGAAGAAGGAAAUGAAAGCAAAAAUUCUAAACGAACCGAAUUUGCGUUUACAAGGCUACGAACAACUCAACUGGAAACGCAGGAAGAUCUGGCGCCAGUUCAUCUCCCGCUUGAAGGAAAUGCACACUAAAAUCGAACUUUGGCGAAGCGCCUUAAAACGCAUCGAAGGCCACUUCGGCACCGGCGUCGUCGCCUACUUCAUUUUCCUCAAGUACCUCCUCUUCCUAAACUUAUUCAUAUUUACGGUCAUUUUCCUCUUCAUAAUUCUACCAACAAUACUUCUAGUCAAUUCCGACACACAAAAUCCACCCAACAGCUCGAACGUCGUGUUCGACCUCAUCCAAGGCACCGGCUUCAUGGAGCACAGUCUACUGUUUUACGGUUUUUACCCGAACGAAACGUUCGAUUAUCUCGUCAACGAGAGCGUGAUGUACUAUAAUCUUCCAUUAGCGUACGUUUGUAUCACAGUUGUAUAUUUCGCAACGUCGCUCGUUUCCAUGGUCAAGUCGGCGGCCAACGGUUUUAAAGAACGGUUGAUUGAAGGCGAGGGCCAGUUUUACCAAUACUGUAAUUUUAUUUUCGGAGGGUGGGACUUUUGCAUCCAUAAUGAAAAAUCAGCCGCAAUUAAACACAAAGCCAUCUAUAACGAAAUCAAGGCGUGUCUUGCGGCCGAACGGUUGGAGGAAAUGAAACAGAAUCGGACCAAAGGCGAACACACCAAACUAAUCAUUGUUCGAAUCCUUGUAAAUGUGAUAGUGUUGGCGGUUUUGGGGGCGUGUGGCACUGCGAUUUUUUUCGUUUUUCAAGAAUUUCGGAACGAGUCCAGCGAUGAUUAUUUCGAAGGGCUUUUGUUCCAGUUUUUGCCCUCGAUUACCAUCGUCUGUUUCAAUAUUUUGGUCCCUUUUUUGUUCAAAUAUUUGAUACAGUUCGAGCGCUACAGCCCACUUGUUGUGGUGCGUUUUACGCUGUUUCGGACCGUUUUGCUGCGUCUUGCCUCGAUUUUUACACUUUAUAUCACACUUGGUAGUGUACUUACAAGUAGCGAAAAACCUAACUGUUGGGAGACUUUCGCCGGCCAACAAAUCUACAAGUUGGUUAUAACCGAUUUUGCGACGCACGUCAUCCUCACGUUCUUGGUCAAUUUCCCGCGCGCUUUCAUCGCACGACACGUCGAAAAUAAGUUUAUAAAGCUAGUCGGGGAGCAAAGUUUCGACUUGCCGAAGCAUGUGCUUGACGUCGUUUAUUUGCAAACUUUGUGUUGGUUGGGGUGUUUCUACGCCCCCUUGCUCUCUUUCAUCGCCUCGCUGAUUUUUUUCUUCAUGUUUUAUAUCAAAAAGUUCGUUUGUUUGGUUAACAGUAACCCGAGUGCGACCGUUUAUCGCGCUUCGCGCUCCAAUUCGAUGUUUAUGAUUGUGUUGCUGGUGUCUUUCGUGUCGGUUGUGGCCCCCUUGGCGUAUUCUUUUUCGGAGGUGGAGCCCUCGAGGGGCUGCGGUCCCUUCCGGGACUUGCCUUCCGUCUGGAGUCGGGUCGAGUUUACCUUUUAUUCGACUCCUGAUUGGGUGCAGAGUGUGGUCGCGUUUUUGAGUACUGCCGGGUUUGCGGUGCCCGUUUUUCUGCUCCUGUUUCUUUUGUUGUACUAUUUUCGGGCCGUGAAUGCGGCGAAUAGGCAGAUGGUGGUCGUGUUGAAGAAUCAGCUGGUUUUGGAGGGGCAUGAUAAACAAUUUUUAUUGGAAAGACUGAGUAAGUUUAUUAAGCAGCAACAGGAGCAUCAGAAAAGGUUGAGGCAUGUUGAUGUUUUGCAAGACGGUGAUACUAAUAUUUCGAGCAAUUAAGGGGCGUAUUCUAGUCAGAUUUAUUUAUUAUUGUAAUGGACUUGAUAUUUUAGGCUUUCGUGAUGAUUUUUAAUAAAGUACGGGGUACUAAAUUACAAAACACCGCUUGAGCUCUAAAAAAUGUAAUCAAAAUCUAUCGGCAUUUUUAAUCAAGUUAUUGUAUUAUUUUUAUUUUGUUAUUAUUUAUUAUACUGGGGUGUAACGAAAUGUGGGGACAAAUGGGUACAAGAGAUUUCCCAGGUUCCUGUUUAAAAGUUAGAGGGCGCCAAAGUUCAAUAGUUACAGUGAAACUCGGUUAUAACGAACACUCAAGGAACUUUACAAUUGGUACAGUCACUAUCAAAAAGAAUGACACCCCUACCAACUGGUAGUUUAUGAACUAGCCAAACGUACACAUUAAUCGCAUUAUAUCGAAAAGAUUUCUAGCUACUGUUUUAGCGGUGUCAUUCUUUGUGGUCGUGACUGUACGUUAUAACCGAUCGUUCGUUCUAACCGAACAUCAUCUUUAUUGAGUAAUUUCUAAGUUAAAUGAAUUCGAAAGCUUGGAAUGAUGCACAAAAUAAAGUAUUAAUCUAAUUUAUUAAGAAAGAUACAUUUACAUACAUGGUGUCCCCUAUUGACCUUUAAAUGUUGAAUUUUUUUGAGCUGCAAUACAAACACGCAUAGUUUUGCAUAUGUGGAUGUAGUUGUUAAAAUUUAUGAUUUUAACCUAAACUUUUAUUGGUGGUUAUUGUUUAGCUUUUAAAAUAAUUUAAUUUUUUUGACGAAAACACGCUCUUUUUAAAAAAAAUUAUUAUACGAAACAAAGAAUCCAAGAAAAGUGGGAGUUAACUGUGGAUCUUCAUUAUGUUAUUUCGGGAAUGAUUUUCUUUAAUUUUUUUAAAUUCUCGUAUAUUAUAUAUUCUAUAAACUAUUUUAAAACUAUAAAAACGCCAACGUCGCAUUUUAUAGAAUUAUUUUUUUAAAUAAGGUUGAUAAAAUUGUAAAAUAGUUACUAAUGAUUAGAUCUCUCAUUGAAACUAUAAAUUACAUCAGCCAUUAAUUUUUGAAGUGACGUUGGCGUUGUUAUAGUUUUGAAACAGCAAAUAUCUAUGGAAAAAUUUAACAAAAAUUUGUCAAUGUACCUGAAUAAGAAAACGUUGUAUUAUACACGUAAAGAAAAGUUGGCACUUGGAAACUCGUUUCAAAAACACAUCACUCACAAAUAGUGAACAACUUUUCUUUACUUGUAGAAUAAACUACUAUUUUUCAAUGUUGUAAAUUUACAAAAGUCGUUCAAUUUCUACCAAAACUCAAAACUAAUUAAAAUAUAAUUAAAAUAAUAGUUGAAGAUUAAAUGAAUUUUUAAAACCAAUAAUAAUUGGCGAAGAUACAAAAUAAGAUACAAAAAUUGUUAAAAUAAUGGACCGUUUGAAAUACGAAAGAAUUACGCCACUCCGCCUCAAAUGUGUAAAGUUGUUAAUAAAUAUUUAUUUACAAUUAAAAAAAAAAGAAAUAGCAACAAAUCGAGAUUCUGAUAACAAAUUAAUUCUAGCAAAUUUAAUAAAAAUCAUUUAAUAAUUUAUUAUAGAAAAUCGAAAGUAAUUUUUGUACUUUGGCGUGCCUAUUAAUUGGGUUAAUUUUUUUUAUUCUGACCUGUGGAAUCUUUGGUUCUUUCUAUAUCCUCACUUUUUCGUUACACCCAGUAUUUUUUGUAUACAGUGUGAUACUUAAUAGACCGACAAAAAUUUACCCAUGGUAGUAUCAAACUAGUGCAUAUUCGGAAAAAUAGCAAAAAAACACUUUUUUUAUUGGUAAUCUAUUUUGCUUAUUUAAAACCCACAGCAGCGUGUAUAAAUAAAUCCAACUUUCAAAACGCGCGUUUUGUAAUGUAACCAUGCCAACAUCAAUAACCUAAGAAACGUGAAGUAUUAAUGGCAUCUUUUUAUUAUAAUGACAAUCAAUUCCAUGACAACGAAAGGUAUACUGAACAUUAUUUCCAAUUUUUGUAAUAUUAGUAUCAGUAUUCAGAUUUUAAAGUGUACCAAUAAAAAAAUAACGUAAAGUAUUCAUGAUUAAUUAGUAUUUAAAACCCUUGCUCUAUUUCGAGCACUCCGGCUACAUCGUCGUGCUCGAAAAAUCGCGCGUCUUUUAAAGACCUCACUUAUAUUUUAAUAUACUAAUAAACUUUUUCGAAAUAAAAUAAAAAUUAUAUUCAAGACAAAGACCAUUGUUGUGCUCGUAAGUAUAGGUAGUAUUCGCAAAAUUUUGUCGGUCUAUUUCAGUACCAGGUGUAUUACCAGAUAUAUUUUUGGUUUCUUGAUAUUAAAAUCACAACAUUUAAAAUUUAAUUUUGGUCAGUUUUGUUUUGUUGAUGUGGAGGAGUAAAGGAACUUGUCUUUAUUUUAAGAAAUUUAAGAAAAAAUUCUCCACGUAAGUCCUUAAUGCUAAGAUUAAUUGAGAGGUGUAUUUUUUUGAUUAUUUUUCUAGAGCUUGUGUGUCAUUUUGCAUACUCCUUGUAUUUUAGUCCUCCGUACACAAACAUAUCGCAUUUAUAAAAUCAUUAUCCAUUCACACUUAAUUUAAUCACGCACUCGUCAUAAGAGCAGUAAAAUACUUGUAAAUAGAGUUGUACAAAGUCAUUUAAGAAUAGUGUACUCUGUAAUAUUUUUAUGUAAUUUUAUAUUUUAAACCACCAGUAUUUCGCAUUUUAUUUGUGCAUUUAAACCAGCUUUCUGAGGUUGGGUUCUAGAUUACAUGUUUACCAAUAGUACAAAAUUACGGCACAAUUCAAAUUUAAUUUUUGAAAAUAUUAAGACGCUUACACUCAAUGCCAAUUCAAACCUGCCAGCAACUUAUUCAACUGUGUUUAUAAUUGUGAUGUAACUUUAUGUUUACAGUGAUAUGUAGAGGUACUUUAUGUAUGUAUACGACCUAUAAAUUAUGUUUCAGUCUGAGGUAUUUUUAUUUUAUGAAACAACAAACUUCAACUACAAAUAUGUAACCAUCGUAAUUAUUAUAAUAGCAGGCACUUUGUGAACUGUGUAAUAAUUAAUGUUUAUGUUGAGACUACCUUUGUUUACUCCUCUGUAAUAGGACUGUGUAACUGAAAUAAUAAAAAAUAUAUAAUUUUUUAA